AUGGACUUUCAAAAUCGGCCGGGUGGUAAAACAGGCGGAGGUGGUGUAGCAUCAUGGUCAGAAAGCAACAGAGAUCGCCGCGAAAGGCUUCGUCAACUUGCACUGGAAACAAUUGAUUUAAACAAGGAUCCUUAUUUUAUGAAAAAUCAUUUAGGGUCUUAUGAAUGUAAAUUAUGUCUAACACUACACAAUAAUGAAGGAAGUUACUUGGCUCAUACUCAAGGAAAAAAACAUCAAGCUAACUUAGCAAGAAGAGCUGCUAAAGAAGCAAAAGAGGCGCCUCAACAACUGGCACCAGAAAAACCGAGGAUCGAGCCAAAAAAGUUUGUUAAAAUUGGUCGUCCCGGUUAUAGGGUCACAAAGCAGAAGGAUCCUGAAAAUGGACAACAGAGCUUACUAUUCCAAGUUGAUUACCCAGAAAUUGCUGAAGGAGUGCAACCAAGACACCGUUUCAUGUCAGCAUAUGAACAGAAAAUUGAGCCCCCAGAUCGCAGGUGGCAAUACUUGCUGUUUGCUGCUGAACCUUAUGAAACGAUUGCCUUUAAAGUACCAAGCCGUGAGGUUGAGAAACAUGAUUCCAAAUUUUGGACUCAUUGGAAUAAAGAUACCAAACAGUUCUUUUUACAGUUUGCAUUCAAGAUUGAGCCACUGCGUAUGCCUCCUCCACCUCCAAAGAUGUGGGAGAGUCAUGGAAUGCGGUUACCGCCACCACCAGGAGCACCGCUUAUGGGAGUUCCACCUCCACCUCCUUUAUUACCAGUACCACCACCACCACCAUCUAUGUAA